AUGCCUCUCACGGGACACUGCCUCUGCAAGGCCGUCACCUACAAGGUCGACGUCGACGCCCCCGCCCUCACCGGCUACGACCACUGCGAUGACUGCCAGCGCCAGUCGGGCUCGACCUACUCCCUCGUCGCCGUCGUCCCCAAGGACAAGUUGACGAUUCAGGGCCCCAUCAAGAAGUGGUCCGGCAUGGGCUCCUCCGGCAAGGCCGUCCAUCGCCUCUUCUGCUCCGAGUGCGGCUCCCCGAUCGCCCACGACCCCGACUCGGCACCCGAGAUCAUCGCCCUCAAGGCUGGCACCUUUGACAUGGAAAUCAAGAAGAAGCUCAAGCCGGACACGGAAAUCUGGACCGUCAGCAAGUUGCCCUUCUGCCAGGAGAAGCUGGCCAAGCCUUUCACCCACAUGCCGCAGUGA